AUGCCUAGCGAUUCUGCCAUCCAUGCUAUCGCUGGCGCGGCAGGGGGCAUCAUUGCCAUGACGAUAACCUAUCCCCUCAUUUUUAUAUCUACAAGAGCGGCUGUAGAGACAAAGAAAGAGCACAAGUCUGUGUAUGACGCAGUCAUAGACAUCGUCAAGCGGGAAGGUAUACUGGGCUUAUAUAGUGGACUCAACUCAAGCCUCCUCGGAGUUGCUAUCACAAAUGGGGCAUACUACUAUUUCUAUGAACGUUCUCGUGGCAUUGUUUUAGCUUCGCGGGGAGGCAGCAAGGGGAUGAGUACGUUGGAAUCCGUACUCUCCGGCCUGAUUGCAGGCUCCGCUACCACCAUUAUCAGCAAUCCUGUAUGGGUCGUUCAGACAUCUCAGGCCGUGCGUGGAAUGAACCAACCCUCCGAUACGAGUACGCCUGGCGUCCCGGCAGUCAAGCAGAGGAUGGGAUUAUUUGAGACUGUGGAUCACAUCAUGCGCAAGGAUGGAAUCAGCGCUUUCUGGCGUGGCAUCGGCCCGGCUCUCGUCCUCGUAGCAAAUCCAGUGCUGCAGUAUACCGUCUUCGAGCAGCUGAAGAAUAUCCUCGUGAAGCGUAGGACCACACUGUUGAGGCGACCAGGCUCUGCCGCUGCGACUGCCGUAUUGACUGACUGGGACUACUUCCUUCUUGGUGCUCUCUCAAAAUUGGUGGCUACAUCGAUUACAUACCCCUACAUAGUUGUCAAGAGUAGACUCCAAGCGGGUCAGGCGAACGCUCUCAAGUACAAGUCCUCGUUAGAUGGUCUCAUCACUAUCCUCCGAAAUGAAGGCGCGGAGGGCUUAUACAAGGGAGUCGGCAGUAAACUACUCCAGAGCGUCCUCACCGCCGCCAUUCUAUUUGCCAGCCAAAGGAGGAUUUAUGAGGCUACUAAGAAGGCUAUGGCUGCGACGACAACAUUGGCCAGGUAA